AUGGAGCAGGAAGCAGUCUUUGAUGUUGGUGAUUUCGAUGAACGAGAUGUCUCGCUAACUGAGACACCUCGAGAUCCAUCGCAUUACCUGCAGCAGGUUAGUGUAUCGCGUGCACGUUGUCCAGAAGUAGUUACAGCAAAAACGAUUCCACAAAAAAUUGCCUCUUCUGCAAUAUCGGAGGAUUUAUUGUUCAGCUGUGAACCGCCUUCUAAGUGGUCUAUUGCCAUGAGUAAUAAAUUUUCAAUGCAACGAUCUCUUGUUGAUGCUCAAAAGUGGCGCUGGAGAAAGACUAUAACUUUUAAAUGGCCAAGCUUAAAGGAUCCCGAGGAAUGGCGUGUAUUCUGUUUAGAAGAACGGAUUAACUCAUUUCCAAUAAAAGUAAAUGAUAUUCCAAGGUUUGCACAUCAUCGCGGUAAUCCACCAACAUUACAACUCGUGUUCAGUUUAUCAGAACAACAAGUCAACAUUUUGAUUCAAUAUCUUAUAGAUGUUUUUCUUGAGGAAGGGUAUACGAGACCACUAUUUGAAUGGAUAUACGCACUAAUGUUGGUAUUACAGAAACCGUUAACGCACAAUGUGUGUUCAGCGAUACGGCAACUGGCUAAACAUUCACGUGUCUUACGAAAUACGUUGGAUGAAAAAACACAAAGUGGUAGCACAAUGCACGAAGAAUUCUCACUGUUUAUUGCAGUUGUUGGUGUCUAUUUCGAGCAGUUAGAUAUUGCCGAUCAGAUUUCUUCUUAA